UUUUGUGUCGGUUGGUCACAAGGCAAGAAAUCUGUUUACAUUUGUUUCUUAGGAGAGUUGUCUUGGGAAAUUUGUUGACAGUCCCUAAGUGAAGGGAGCGGUGGAGAACGGCUGGCCGAAAUCAGCGUUCAGGAGUCGGAUCAACCUUGAGCUAGGCGCCGCUCGCUCCGCGUAUAUUGGAAUAUCAGUCUUGAAAACAACUUUGCUGCCACAAACGGAGCACUAACCACUCAGACUAUUUGCUUACGUAAUGCGGUAAUUAGUGACGCGCAGUCCAACACCUGCUUUGGACAGGUUGUUAUUCGUGGAAAAAAAAAGAAAAGAAAUAGGUGACAAGCAAACAAAAUGUACAAAAAUAUAGUUGUAUAAUAAGAUUAAAAUAUAAAAAAAAACAGUAGGCUAUGUGUAAGAAUUGUAUUGCCAUUAUGAUAAACUUUGUGAGUUUCACAUAAGAGCACGCGGAGCAUGUCGGUUGUCCAGGGUUCAUUUCCGCUCUGUUUGUUUGUUAUUUUGUUUUUUUGUUUUUUCUAGUCACAUUUUAACAAGAUAUUCUGUUAUUAGAGCCGUGGUCCAAAACUCAUUGAAUUGAUGUAGGUAUAAUCUCCAGCAACACGUCUCCGCACGAAGCACAGCAGCCCAAUUUUAAACCGUAGAGGAAGACGACAACCGGAAGUGUCGUCAGGUGAAUAAUGACGUCUCCAGAGGACAAACACGGGAGAAAACGACCCUCGUCUCCCUCGGAAGACGGGUCCACCCAGUGGGCGUCUGCAGAUCUGGGAAGCGACGAAAGGAAGCAAAAGUUCUUACGGCUAAUGGGCGCCUCUAAGAAAGAACACACCGGUCGCCUCGUCAUCGGUGACCACAAGUCCACAUCCCACUUCCGCAGCGGGCAGGAAGAUAAGCGGAUGAACGACGAGCUGGAGAUGCAGUACCAGCAGAGCAUGGACGGAAAACUGUCAGGCCGGGACCGGAGGCACUGCGGUCUGGGCUUCAGCGAGCCUCAGCCAGAGCCGGUCAUCUCCCCGCCUGCAGACUGUCAGACAGAAGCCGCUAAACCAGAGGAGUCGUCCAGUGAAAAGCAACACACAGAAGCUCAGGAGGAAGAUUCCAGCCCCGAGGAGAAAUCACCAGAACAGGAGGAGUCCGGCUCCGACGACCAGCCCAACGAACCGAAACAGAAUUACAAAAUGGGCUUCGUAAAAUCAUCGUAGGAGGGGAGAGGAGCUAGCUUUUUUAUUCUGACAUCGGGACAGUUUGAUGCUUUCCGUUUCACUUUAGGACAUCACUCGUCUCAUUUGUACUGUGUGAUGGGACGCAUCCUGGUGUGCAUGUGCUGAAAGAAUCCAGUCUUAAGGCUUCAUAAAAUGUUCUUUUUUUUGAUGUUGUAGUGUAAGACAAUGCUACGACUGGAAAAUGAACCUGUUUUUAUUUCACUUGAACAUUUUAACUGUCCUGUUGUCUGCCUUGAAAUGUACUGGAUGAGACAAGAUUAUUUGCCAUUAAAUGUGAUUUGUGUAGA